CUUGGGCAGUGUCUGGAUAAACCCCUACUCGGUAUGAUAUGAGGCCCGCCUUCGUCUUCCAAUAGAUAACACUCUCCAGUCCCCGCUUCCUCUCUUUCUUCUUCAGUAUCUUCCCCAAACGGCGCCAUUCUCGCCAUGGCUGCAAUUUCCUCAGCAGCAGCUUCAGCCUCAGCUUCCUCCAAGCUCACCUGCCCAUAUGCCUCGCCACCCUCCCCAACUACUUCCUCCCUCAUGUUCUACCCCAAAUCCACUUCCAAACUGACCAGACCCACCGCCAUAUCCCAGCUCUCCUCCUCUUUCCUCAAUCCCUCCACCAUCCUCCACCUUUCUCCCUCUUCUUCUACCACCAAAACGAUUCGUCACCGCCGCAUUUUCACAGUCCGAGCUGCCCGCGGUAAAUUCGAGCGCAAGAAGCCCCACGUCAACAUCGGCACCAUUGGCCACGUCGACCACGGUAAGACCACCCUCACCGCCGCGCUAACCAUGGCUUUGGCCUCCUUGGGUGGCAGCGCACCCAAGAAGUACGACGAGAUUGACGCGGCCCCAGAAGAACGGGCUCGUGGAAUCACUAUCAACACUGCCACCGUCGAGUACGAGACCGAGAACCGCCACUACGCCCACGUGGACUGCCCCGGCCACGCUGAUUACGUCAAGAACAUGAUUACCGGUGCCGCCCAGAUGGACGGUGCGAUUCUCGUCGUUUCCGGCGCUGACGGCCCAAUGCCACAGACGAAGGAGCACAUACUGCUGGCUAAGCAAGUGGGUGUGCCCAACAUGGUCGUGUUCUUGAACAAACAGGACCAAGUCGACGAUGAGGAGCUCUUGCAGCUGGUGGAAUUGGAGGUGCGUGAAUUGCUUUCCUCUUAUGAAUUCCCUGGGGAUGACGUGCCCAUUAUUUCUGGUUCCGCUUUGUUAGCUUUGGAAGCUUUAAUGGGUAAUCCUAGCCUUAAACGCGGGGACAACCAAUGGGUUGAUAAGAUUUAUGAACUUAUGGAUUCUGUGGAUAGCUACAUACCAAUCCCACAGAGACAAACCGAUCUCCCAUUUUUGCUUGCUGUUGAAGAUGUAUUUUCGAUUACUGGCCGUGGAACUGUUGCCACCGGCCGUGUCGAGAGGGGUACGGUUAAGGUCGGAGAAACUGUGGAGAUUGUGGGUUUGAAGGAAACUAGGAAUACUACUGUGACUGGUGUGGAAAUGUUUCAGAAGAUUCUUGAUGAGGCUUUGGCCGGGGAUAACGUGGGCUUGUUGCUUAGAGGUGUUCAGAAGGCUGAUAUACAGAGAGGGAUGGUUUUGGCUAAGCCUGGCACGAUUACCCCGCAUACUAAGUUUCUUGCCAUUGUGUAUGUGUUGAAGAAGGAAGAGGGUGGUAGGCAUUCACCCUUUUUUGCGGGUUAUAGGCCACAGUUUUACAUGAGGACUACGGAUGUGACGGGCAAGGUGACCUCAAUUAUGAAUGAUAAGGAUGAGGAGUCUAAGAUGGUCAUGCCAGGCGACCGUGUGAAGAUGGUUGUGGAACUGAUAAUGCCUGUAGCAUGUGAACAAGGAAUGAGGUUUGCUAUCAGGGAAGGAGGGAAGACCGUUGGAGCUGGUGUUAUCCAGUCCAUCAUUGAGUGAAACUAGGAAGCUUUUGCCUUUGGCAUUCUUGAUAGGAAAUGCUGUUACUUUUUUUUAGUGGUGACAAAAUGACAUCUUAUCCUCAAAUUUAUGCAAUUAGUUUUGCCAUUUUGCUGAACUUUGAUCCAUCCCAUGUCAUAUAUCUUCUAGGCUUGUGCUUCUUUUGCUUUAUGCUGAUAUCUAGCAUCAACGGAUAACAUUUUUGUGACGAUCAAA